AUGAGUCAGCAUAAGUUUUGGAAAGGGAUCGAAUCUUUAAAAGUUUCUACACAGCAUGUCCCAGAAAAGAUCGUAAAGCUUUGUUCUCUUGGUACCGAUUUUAUUACCUUGGGCAAUGACCAUGGCCUCUAUUAUUGUAAUAUUGAAGAAGAUACAUUAAAUUUUAAAAGAAUAAAUGGUAUAACUGCUAUCGACAUUUCAUAUCACAAUGAUAUCUUAUACAUUAUAAAUGAACAUGGAAGGCUCUACAAGACAAGUGUUAGCUUUAAGAACAAAGAAGAAAUAGUUGUUAAAGAAGAGUCAAAAUGCUGCCCCCAUGGAUUUAAGAGCGCUAGUUCGAAGGUCAAGUUUAGAAAUGUUGUGUCUAGUGAUUUUGGUCACUUAUUCAUUAGUUCAGGUGGCCAUUUAUGGGGAUCAGGUGUUAUGCCACAGAUAGGUUUAGAUUCAAACAGCAUUAAGAAAAUUCCAUUCUUUGAAGGUAGAACAGUUUACAGUGCAUCGGUAGGUAAUAACUUUGCAGCUGUGAUAGCUAGAAAGAAUGUGAGACAAUCUGGAAACUGUGAUACUGAUAGUGAUAAUGAUGAUGAAGAAGUGUUUGCCUCAAAUUGUUCUCAGUGCCAAACAAUUAUUGGUCUUGCAUCCCCAGCAUCUGUACCAUCUCUUUCAGAAACUUGUCCCUUAGGUGUCCACAUAAGUAAAUCUAGUGAAGACUCAAGCAGCACUACAGCACCACAGACUGAUCUACAUGUUGAUGCUCAUAGUUUUACAGAAGAUUCUAGUCCUUCAUCUGAAGAAUCAAAGGUUGCAAAAAAUGAUUCUCCAGUUAUAAAUAAUGAUAUAGAAAUGGAGAGUACUUUGCAAGGUGACAAUGAUGAUAAUACUGAUGAUAAUGAAACACCUAAUGCUAGUACAGAAAAGUUAAAUAACAUUUUUAUUAAUACAGAUGCAGCUAGACAGUUUUUAAGCAGGCAACUGUCCUGGGUUUCAGCCGGAGAAGAUUAUUUAGUAGAGUAUACUGAGAAGCCUACUAGAAUUAUAAAAGAAAAUGUUACAAAUAUUACAAAUUUCGUAUAUGAAGGUGUUAAAACAGUUGGUGAUAAAGUAGCAACAUUAUCAAGACAUGUCAGUGGUAGUAGUGAUAACAAUGAAACCAUAGAUAUUCAAAAUCGAAAUUGUAAUGAAGAGAUGAUCAGUUCACUCCUAUACAGUUGUAACUCAUCAAAAUUUGAUGACCUCCAAUUUUCAACAAGUACUAUCAGCAGUGAAAAGGAAUUUGAAGUGGCUAAGAAAAACGAAACCUUAAAAACGAUGUCAAAAUUGGGUAAAAAUAUUUUGGCAACAGAAUUAUGGACUUGGGGAGAUAUAUCAUAUGGCCAGCUUGGUAUAGGAGAUACAGUAAAGAGAGUGAAACCUAUGGUUGUCAUGAGUCUUUCUGGUUUUGGCUUACAGAAGGUGUCAUGUGGAAAAUGGCAUUGUGCCGCUUUGACAUUAGAUGGAAGAUUAUUCAUGUGGGGAUACAAUCACUUUAAGCAAGUUAGUUUAGAUAGUAGAGAGGAUAAAAGCGGUCCUAAACAGUUUACGGAAAAUUCUGAAAGUGAUCGCAUUCGUGAUAUGAUUGCAACCGACCAUCACACUUUAGCUUAUACUCACAAUGAGAAUAUAUAUUACAUGGGAAAGCACACAGAUGGAUUUACUGACACGAUUAUAAAUUUAAAUGAAAAAUUACAUGAUAAUACCAAUAACCAUGAAUCUGGAAAAACUGUCAAAAUAAAAGAGCCCCAAGGUUUUGGUGAAUCGCAAAACAUGUGCUAUCAUUGGAGAGUUUUAUCUUGUGGUUCUAUAAGUUAUUGUUCAGUAGACGAGGCUAUGAUAUGUCCUGAAUUCCAAAAUCUCUCUAUAGCCCAACGCUACCUAGAAGAGAUGCUUGUUAUAUAUCAUUUACUGGUUAAACCUUUUCUCAGAAAGAGUAAAGCAAUAUCUUUACAUUCCAAUGUAUAUGAAACUGUUUGUGAUAUUUUUAGUGACAUUUUAAACUUAACAGCAUUAAAUGUUUUAUCAACGUGGCAAUAUGCAGAGAAACAUAUUAAUGAAUGUGAUAUAUCAUUAAUAAAAAAUUUAGAAGAGUAUAUUUAUUUGUACAAGAAGUAUUAUGUAGCUUUAAGUAAUUUAAUUGUGAUAGGUGGCUUCGCUCAAAUUAACGCAAUAGUUGACGUCCCCACUAGUGUAUACAAUAUGUUUAGUGAUCAAUUACCUUCCAAUAAACAGAAGAACAAUAAGAAAACUUUGGAGGCAGUUGUGGGACUGGCGUUUAUACAGCCGUUGAUAAGGCUAAGUUCGUACAAGUGUAUUGCUCAAUCAUUGUUACGGCACAAGACAAGAAGAAAAAAAGGUGAAUCAAAAACGAAUAUAGAGGAUAGAAUUACAAAGGUAAUCACAUCGUUGGAUUUACUAAUCGAGGAACAGGAGAAGAGAAGGAAAGAGGCAGAUAUCACGAAACUGUUUUGGGAGACAAUAGGAAAGGGCCUAGAACAAUACAGAACACCAGAACGACGACUAUUGCGCGAGUCAAAAUCGAAGCAAUUGAAUCUUGUUAACCCUGGCCGCUUUUCCUCGCAUUGGUUCAUCUUAUUUAACGACUUAUUCAUUCACGUUAAUGGCAGCACUCCGAUCCAGCAUCCCUUGGAGACGUUAUGGGUCGACGCAUCUCCAAACACAGAUAUACAGAACGGUAUCCAAAUAUCGACUCCGGAAGAAAUAAUAUCGGUUUCGACCAAUUCAGAGCAAGAUAAAACUGAAUGGAUUCACGCUUUAAACUCUGCAAUAAAAAUAGUAUUGAAGAAAGAUUCUAGUUUUAAGCCCCCGGCCAUAAGAAGCGCUAGUUACGUUUUCUCUAGUAAAAAUGUGUUUUUCAAAGACGCUAAGUACAUAGGAAGAUGGCUCGAUAGUAAAUUGCACGGGAGUGGUAGAGUCGAGUGGCCAGAUGGAAAGAUUUAUGCCGGUCAGUUUCAGAUAAAUACUCUCUGCGGGCAUGGGAAAAUGGAUAUUCCCGGAGUAGGCAUCUAUGAAGGACAAUGGAAAGACAAUCUCCAAAAUGGAUAUGGAGUGAUGAAGUACACAACAGGUGAUAUUUACGAAGGUUACUUCAAAGAUGGACACCCUCAUGGGCACGGCAUUAAAAAGCAGGGCGAUUUCACUUCUUCAUCGGCGACUAUCUAUACUGGGGAGUGGGUAGGGGGGGUGAGACAGGGGUAUGGAGUGAUGGAUGAUAUCGGGAAAGGGGAGAAGUAUUUGGGAAAUUGGAGCGAUAAUAAAAAACAUGGCUGCGGUCUUAUCGUGACCCUGGAUGGCAUUUACUACGAAGGCCUAUUUGCACAAGAUGUUCUCACAGGCCACGGUGUCAUGGUCUUCGAGGAUGGCACUCAUUACGAGGGUGAAUUCCGUGCGGCCGGAGUGUUUUCCGGCAAAGGAGUUUUAACCUUCUCUAGUGGUGAUAAGAUUGAAGGUUCCCUAAACGGCGCGUGGACUGAAGGUGUUAAAAUAUCAAACGGCGUGAUGCAUCUGAAUGUCUCGAAUCCCGUUUUACCAGCUAACUCUAAGCCCAACUCAUUUGGAAAACUCAGCGUGGCACCAAAUCAAAAAUGGAACGCGCUUUUCCGUCAGUGCUUCCACUGCUUGAGCGUACCAGAAACGAUCCUGACCCCCACGGGAAAUCAUUUUUCAAAUGGCCCAUGCCCCACUUUCGACAACGUUAAAAUUUGGCAGAACGUCGCCGUGGCUAUAUCCUGUUCGCACAAAGAGCACAAGAGCCCGAAGAAAAUGAAAAGCACUGAUAUAGAGAAGUCAGUGGAUUGCUUGGAAGUGAUACCGCAUUUUGGCCAAAAAACCCUCUUGAUGACUGAUUACACGGAGUUAAAAUCGUAUUUGUAUAACGCCUGUGAAACGACCCACCAUCCUUUAGGACAACUGGUGUUGAGCUUAACCAACGCCUUUAAUACCACGUACGGCGGUGUAAGAGUCCACCCCCUACUUCUGAGUCACGCUGUUAAAGAGCUGAAGAGUAUAACCACCAGGUUGUACCAAGUCGUACGUUUGUUAUUCCCAGCGUUGCCUCUAGAGGGCACUGAUGUCAUACUGCCAUAUAAGACGGAGGAGCAUAGCAAUGGUAGUGAAGAUAGUAAUCCUAUUGAUGGUGAAGUAGUCUCUGCUGCGUCUCUCCUACAACCAAUUUUGCUACCACGAGUCCACCCGGCUCUGUUCGUGCUAUACGCCUUGCAUAAUAAGCGGGAGGACGAUUUAUAUUGGAGGAGGCUUCUCAAAUGGAACAAACAACCGGAUACUACGCUGAUGGCGUUCUUAGGAAUCGAUCAAAAAUUUUGGACGAACCCAACCACGCAUUUGUCCCCUACAUACUCCCCGAUGAAGGAACAACUGUUCCAGGACGCAGUGGAAACACUGCAGCAGCUGAAAACUACCUUUUCCCCGAUAGAAAAACUCCUAGUCAUCAGAAGCACCUUCCAGAAGAUGACUGUAGCGGUGCAACAGGAACUUGGUGCUCAAUAUCUCUGGAGCAUGGACGAGUUGUUCCCAGUAUUUCACUUCGUGGUGGUGCGCGCGCGCAUCCUGCAACUUGGCUCGGAAAUACAUUUCGUUGAGGACUUUCUUGACCCGGCCAUGCAGCAUGGUGAAUUGGGUCUUAUGUUCACUACGUUAAAGGCCUGCUACUUCCAGAUACUGCAAGAGAAAAUGUCGAUAAAUUAG